AUGAAACUUUUCGCUCUCUCGGCGGCUGUUACAGCCUUACUUGCUGUCUCAGAUGCAGCAUUGAACAGAAUUCCCAUUAAGAAGACGAUGGAGACACCUGCUCAAAAGUUGGAGCGUUAUUCUCACACUGGCGAAUACCUUACCCAAAAGUACUUUGGUGCCCAACGCAGCCAACAAUCCACCGCCUUGCAAACCUUCCAAGUGGAUGAAAACGGCAAUGUCGAACAUGGUGUUCCUAUCAGCAACUAUAUGAAUGCACAGUACUAUGGCGAGAUUGCUCUUGGUACGCCUGCUCAAACAUUCACCGUGGUGUUCGAUACUGGUUCUUCCAAUCUUUGGGUGCCUUCCACACGCUGCACAUCCAUUGCCUGUUUCUUGCAUCGUCGUUAUGACGCUGGCCAAUCCAAGACAUUCAAGGAAAACGGCACUGAAUUUGCUAUCCAAUAUGGCACAGGUUCGCUUGAAGGCAUCAUCAGCGAGGAUACGCUUGAAGUAGGUGGUAUCUCUGUCGAAGGUCAAGGAUUUGCCGAAUCCGUCAAAGAACCCGGUUUUACUUUUGCACUUGCACGUUUCGAUGGCAUCUUUGGUCUUGGCUAUGAUCGCAUCUCUGUUAAGGGUGUCGUUCCUCCCUUUUACAGAAUGGUCGAACGUGACUUGAUUGAUGAACCUCUCUUUUCCUUCUGGUUGAACGGUGAUCCUGACAAUGAAGCCAAUGGUGGAGAGCUUGUCUUUGGUGCCGUUGACCCUGAUCAUUUUGAAGGUGAUAUUACUUGGGCCCCCAUCAAGCGUAAGGGCUACUGGGAGAUUGAGCUUGAAGAUAUCAAGUUUGGUGGCGAAUCAGUGGACUUGGAUCCCAUGGGUGCUGCUAUCGAUACUGGUUCCUCGUUGCUUGUUGCUCCUACUACAAUUGCCGACUUGAUCAAUCAAGAACUUGGUGCUGAAAAGAACUGGGCUGGCCAAUACACCGUUGACUGUGCCAAGAUCCCUGAUCUUCCCGAAUUUUGCUUUGUCUUUAAUGGCAAAGAUUUCUGCCUCGAAGGCAAGGACUACGUCCUCAAGGUUCAAGAUCAAUGCAUUUCUGGUUUCAUGGGCAUGGACAUCCCUGAGCCUGCUGGUCCCCUUUGGAUUGUGGGUGAUGUCUUCUUGCGUAAAUUCUAUAGCGUUUAUGACCUUGGCAAUGACCGCGUCGGUUUGGCAAAGUCUCGUGCAUGA